UAAAACGGACUGAGGCAGAGCUUUCUGCUAAAGGACACUACUUAACAUUGAGAAUAACUCUAUCCUCAGCCAACUGAACGGAUUGCCAGCUCCUGAAGUUCCUCGUGAUGCUACCACAGAGCCCCCCACCAAGGGACAUCUCAGCACAAGGCUGUUUGCGCUCCCCACGUUGCUCAGGCUGAGUUGAAGAUCCCUCUCAUUUGCCCGGUGCCAAGCACGAUGAACAGGCAGGGCAAUAGAAAAACCACAAAAGAAGGACCCAGUGAUUUGAAAUUCCAGAACGUUGCUCUACCGAAAAAUAGGUCAUGGCCCCGAAUCAGUAGUGCCGCAGGCCAGUACCAGACUAUUAAUGAGCCUCUUCCUGAUGGUGAAAGGAACUUUGCUGCAGCCCUGGAUGGAGCAAAAGACCACACGGAUGACGACUAUGAAGACCCCGAGCUUCGUGUGGCAGAGGCGUGGCAAUCAAUGAAAAUUUUACCAGCCAGGCCCAUAAAGGAAUCUGAAUAUGCAGACACACGCUAUUUCAAGGAUGUGAUGGACACGCCCCUUUCCUUAGAUGCCAAGACCUCUAUCCCCACAGACGGGCAAACCUGGAACAAGUGGAUGAGGCUGGAAGAAGUGAAACAACCCAUCUCCAAGGACAUCAGAAGCCAGCAUGACAAAGGAGACAAAUCCACAAAGGAAAAGAAGAAGCCGGUGCCACCUCCUCGGCCACCCAUCACUCUUCCAAAGAAGUACCAGCCGCUGCCCCCUGAGCCGGCGAGCAGCAGGCCACCCUUCCCGCAGAAGCACACCUUUCCCGAAGCCCAGGGAGGGCCCAGACAGAUAAGCUUAAAGGACUUGAGUGAGGUCCUCGGAACAGAAAAAGUUCCUCACCACCAGAUGAAGCCUGAAUCAUCUCAUCUGUCACAAAAUCAAAGUACUCAAGAGAUUCCUCUUGCCGUUGCCAGCUCCUCAUUCAUGACACGCAACCACAGCUUACAAAGCAGAGAUCAUAGAGAAAGCACGCAGUCCUGCCCUCCUCAGAGAUGCCCGUUUCCAGCCAGCCACGGCCCUCAGGAACACUCCCCACACUAUAAAAACGCAAGCUGGAAGAAACCUUUCCCUGCGAGGUCUGAUGAAAAGGAUGUCCAGCACAAUGAAUGGUACAUUGGAGAAUACAGUCGUCAGGCGGUGGAAGAGGCAUUGAUGAAGGAGAACAAGGACGGCACUUUCUUGGUCCGAGACUGUUCCACAAAAUCCAGGGCAGAACCCUACGUGUUGGUGGUGUUUUAUGGGAACAAAGUCUACAACGUGAAAAUCCGCUUCCUGGAGAGGAAUCAGCAGUUUGCCCUGGGGACAGGACUCAGAGGAGACGAGAAGUUUGAUUCGGUGGAAGACAUCAUCGAACACUACAAGUAUUUUCCUAUUAUACUGAUCGACGGGAAAGAUAAAACUGGGACCCACAGGGAACAGUGCUACCUGACUCAGCCACUGCCCCUCAACAGACACUUCUCACCUUAGUAGCCUGGUCUUUGUUUCAUCUUCAGUUUAGUGGAUCCAAUGCCUCUAUCAUUUUUUCAUUUAUUUCAAAAGAUUAUUUUCUGUGGCUUCAAGAGAUUACUUCUUUGACUUUACAAAAAAGAAAAACAUUCUGUCAUGGAAACUGGAAAAUCAAUCAUGGUUUUGAAGGCUCUAACCCCAGGAGAAAUAUUUAUAAGACUCAAAAAUAAAAACUAGCUUUUGAAAAAUAUCUUCUAAAGAAAAAAACACGUUCGUGUUACAGAUGAGCAGCAACGGCUACAAGAAACUAUUGCUUAAAUGUUUGCACCGAGCAUACGACAGGUCCAGGGGAAGGUCCCAAAUCCAUGGUCUUUUUAGGACCUAGUGUUGCCUUUAUUCCGGAACUGUUUGGACUUGCGAGUUGACAGUGUUUUCAUGGUCCCUUAUACUAAAGAUGUUGGUGAAUGUUAGCCUGAUUUUAUUUGUAAUUCUGGAAAUUCAGUUCUAGGGAAGGAUGUGAUAUGGAAAAACAGAUCACUUGUGAAUAUCAGUUGAGGAGAGAAAUCAGAAAAUCAGAAAUGCUUUUACUGUGGUGUGAAAUGGCGCGAGGACCAUCUCCAGCCCGCUCUGUCUACAGUCGCUUCAGGCCGAGUGGAAUUAACAAAUUCAUAUUAAAGGAGGAAGGUUAAGUCUGAGUGAAAGCAUAAUUUGUUAAAAAUUCUAGUUGUAGACUUCGAUUCAAAAGAAAAGAACUGCCCUCAGAUUAGUGCUAGUAUUCGCAGGAACGUUGCACACAUCACGAUAUUGUUCCCUCUCAAAGCUAAGAGGAUUGCAUUUUAUUCCUGUUUUAUAACACAGAUGAGGAAACAAAGGCUCAAAGACAUUACUGACCUUACUCAGUACAAGAAGAGAGCCCAGAUUUUUAUCCACUUUGCCUAGUUUCGUCCAAGCAAACCUUCCCAGGUACAUUCUCUGCUCUACAGAAAUUUACCAAGUUGAAAAGCUAAGUUUAAAAGGGAGAGGGAGAAACAAUUUGAAAAUGCAGAUUUACUCAUGCUAAAAUACAGAAAUAAAUAAACUCUUGUAGUGGGAUAAGUUGGUUUUUCUAGAGCAGGUGGGGGUUCUGAUUGAAAUUGAUAGUACAUACACAGUGACGUCAGAUGUUUCCAAAGCCUACAGGUGACAUGUAUGGAAUGUUUAUGUAACUGUAGCUUUAGCACAGAAACAAAAACAAAGAAAGAAAUUAGAAGGCAAGAGAUAUCAGCGAAAACAAUGCAGAUGAUACCCAGAGUCUCUCCUAUUUAAAGGAGCUCUUAGCACCUACCAGCCAGCUUGGGCGCAGGCUGGCUCCUUCACGAGGUCGCUGUGAAGUGGUGCCUCUGAGUGAGGUUGGGAGCAUCUGAUGAAGAAUCAAGUUGGGACUCUUAAUACCCAAUGGAGCCUAGCUUAGAGCACACCUGUGUGGGUGAGCGCACUUGUGCGGGUAAACACAGGAACCAAGAGACAGGAGUGUCUAAACUGGAGCGUGGCUAACUGAGAAGCAGAUAGCCCAGAGCUGAAGGCAGCAUGGUGGCUGAUCACUCUCAGCUGGACUUCGGCAAAUCCAGGCCAGUAUGGAAGCAGACUCUGCAGAGAGGACACGGGCUCAUCUGCAGGGAGAAUCUGACCCUGACCCUAAAAAGCUACUGAAGGAUUACGGGUAACUCUGAUUCACUUCCUCCCUGGAGCCGUGCCAUUCAGUGCUGUGUUCUCAAGAAGUCAACCUUGCUGCUGCUAAAGGAGGUGGACAUCAGGAGGCAGUGAGCAUUUUAUGAGCUUUUUAAAAAUGCUUUACCACCUCUUGUUCGUAAAUGUGUGACAUGAUGCUAAAAGGAAAAAGAAGUCGAGCUCCACUAUCUUGAAUAAAAUGCCCACAAGCUUAUACAUGUGGAAAUCUCUGGAAAGAAGACCGGGUGGCUUUAGGGGACUGGGAUUUGAGGGACCACGUUAGUCGCGUCUUCUGGAACUCAGAUGCCAAGACAGGAGUUAGAAGUGCCAACGCUGAUUGGAGGCAACGCCUAAGAAAGACAAAGGCAAGAAGAAGCAGGGGGAGGCAGGGAGAGCCUUCUGGCUGCGAUGUAGGUGUGGCAUCUGUGAGAGGAAGAGGGAAGGAGAGAGGAAGGAGCAGGAAAAGCAUCAGACUGAGCUGCGGCUCUGGGAGUCCUGACCAGCCCAGUGGUAAGAUCCAGAGCAAAGACCACUCACAGAAGAGAGAGCCCCCUGUUGUGCAGAAAUGGCCGGGUCCUAGGGCACCACCAUGCUAAGUCAUUGCCAGAGGCUGCCCAGGCACACGUGACCUUCACGUGCUCUGGCGGAUCUGGAAGGGACCACAGAGGAAGGCUGUCAGCUUACAUGACGAUCAGCAAGUUCUUUGAAGGGAGAUCCAGGUGGCCCACCUCUGUGCCUGCCACAGUGACUUGCUGGUUUUCAGUGUUGACUGUAACAAGGACAUUUUGCUUGUAAGAGAUGACAAAAGAGUAAGAGUGUUUAAAUUUCAGUUGUACUUGACUCUUUCAACAGUUCUGUAAAGAAGGCGGGGCAGAUAUUCUUAAGGCGUUUUGUAAUUGUGGAAACUAUGCCUCCCUGACAUACUUGCGGCAGGAACCAAGGUCUUCAUACGCAGUUCUCCUACUCAGUGUCUAGAUGGUCAUCAGAUCCGUAAUUGGAAGUUCAGUGAUUUGGGCUUGGCCUGCCCAGAUUCCAAAGGGCUUUAGUCCUUUUUCAGCCAUUAUUUCAUUGUUAGUUGAAAAGAGUCACUUGAUACAUAGCCUCAAUACAGUAACGGAAUUUUAGCUUUUUCUGAUUAUAGCAUUCUAUUCAUUCAAGGUACUUCUUUUUGACUACAUGAUCCAUUCUGAAUCAAUUUAUAUCUCCCUCAUAUUUAAUAAUAUCUUACUAUAAGCACUCGUUUGUAUAUUGCAUAUCUAUUCAUUACUAGGCAUUGGAAUAAUAGAUAUUGGGAUAAUAGCAGUGAAUUAAGCGGGAGAAACAGACAACAAAUAAGUGUACAAUAAGUAAGAUAAUCUACACUGGUUCCCCAUCCCUUUGCUGUGUUUCCUCAACACUUACCGCUGAGUGCUUGUGAGUGGAGCCAACAUUUAGAUAUUUUGACAAAGCUCAGUUGAAUUGGCUUUAAAAAAUUUUGAGCCAGAAAAUUAAAAAUUUUCCCAAAUUCACUUAAUGGAAAACCGCCUCUCUUGAGGUGUGGGGGGACGAUGUGGUGUGGCUUGCUUAAGUACCCACAUCAUAGCUGAAAUCAAUUAAAUCUUCUGUUCAAAUUACUGCAGAGAAAUCAAAUUUCAGCCCAUUGUCAAAUGUAGUGCAUUGCCAUGUGUGUGUACGCAGACACACUUUUGUGUAAGGACAUCUAUAUAAUACAUGAUUAGCAUUAUAUUUGUGUAUCUACUUUCUACCCUGAGUAUUAUUGUUCUAGUGAACUGUGUUAACUUUUUUUAAACAUUCCAUGCUGUACUAAUUUAAAUGAAAGCCAACAUGUAAUUAAAUGUCAUAAUAUUUCUGAGU